AUGGCUAAGCAAUCUCUAGACGUUUCAUCUGACAGAAGAAAGGCCAGAAAGGCUUACUUCACUGCCCCAUCAUCCGAACGUCGUUCGUUGUUGUCUGCUCCAUUGUCUAAGGAAUUGAAGGCUCAAUACGGUAUCAGAUCCUUGCCAAUCAGAAGAGAAGACGAAGUUUUGGUCACCCGUGGUUCCAAAAAGGGUCAAGAGGGUAAGAUCUCCAGUGUUUACAGAUUGAAGUUCGCUGUUCAAAUCGACAAGGUCAACAUGGAAAAGUCCAACGGUGCUUCCGUUGCAUUAAACAUGCACCCAUCCAAGGUCGUUAUCACCAAAUUACAUUUGGACAAGGACAGAAAAGCUUUGAUCCAAAGAAAGGGCGGUAAGUUAGAAUAA